AUGAAUUGCAAUAUGGACACUUCCGACGUCUUUGAUCAAAUGCCUCUUAUCUCCCCCACUAUCUCUCCUUCCAAGGCGCUCAGCGCUGACGGGCUGGAGAGUCAUCAUCUGAGCCGUACCCAGCUUCCUGAGACCCUUCCUGUGGUCCAGUGCGUUGCUAGAGCACGGAUCCCCACCACCCAAGGGCCUGAGAUUUUCCUCCACUUGUAUUCCAACAACGUGGACAACAAGGAGCAUCUGGCCAUCGUGUUUGGAGAAGAUAUCCGCUCCAAGUCGCUUUUCAAAAAGAGACCGGGCGAGUCUCAGCAGGACCGCAUGACACGAGGCGCCUACGUGGGCAAGCUGUACCCGGGCCGCAAGCUUGCAGACAGAGAUGAUAAUUUGGGUUUGGAGCUACGAUUUGACGACCAAGGAAAUGUACUAACGGAAACUAAUUUGAACGAGCCGACUUUGGUUCGAAUCCACUCCGAGUGCUACACGGGAGAGACCGCCUGGUCCGCCCGGUGCGACUGCGGAGAGCAGUUCGACGAGGCCGGCCGUCUAAUGGGCGAAAACGGACACGGAUGCAUCGUGUACCUGCGACAAGAGGGCCGAGGAAUUGGUCUUGGCGAAAAACUCAAGGCUUACAAUCUGCAGGACCUGGGAGCAGACACCGUUCAGGCCAAUUUGAUGCUGAGACAUCCGGCCGACAAGCGCAGUUUCUCAUUGGCCACGGCCAUUCUGUUGGACCUGGGGUUGUUGGAGAUCACUCUUUUGACCAAUAACCCCGAUAAAAUCAUCGCUGUGGAGGGUAAAAACAGAAUGGUCAAGGUGGUCAGCCGUGUUCCGAUGAUCCCAUUGGCCUGGCAACAAAAUGGUGCCGGCAUCAAGUCCAAGGAGGUCGAGGGAUAUCUACGUACCAAGGUGGAGAAGAUGGGCCAUUUACUCAGUAGACCUAGUUCCGAUAAAUAG